AUGGCUGCAUGCAUAUCAUCAUUAGGUCAUGAACAUUCAUUUAAGAAGUUUGAUGAAGUUUUCAAGCUGCCACAAAAGAGGUACGUCGACUUUUGUAACGAUAAUUAUCAACUGGGGAAUUAUAGCAACAAGAAACUCAAAUUUAGUCAUGACAACCCUAGUCCAAAAAUUUUGACUGCAUCAUCUUUUGACGAACUUCCCAAAGAAGACCCAAAGAAGCCACAAUUAGGUGAUGAACAAUAUUCAUUCAACAAGUUUGAUGAAGUUCUUGGGCUGCCCGGUUCACGAGGUUCUACCACUGUAGGGCUCAGUUGCCAUUCUCCUAUUACUCAAGUCGUCCAAGAGACAGAACCCUCGUACUGUAGUAAAAAAUUACCAAGCCUAAAACUGGUGGCUGGAUCUUUAUAUUUACCCAAAGAAAACCCAAUGAAACCACGAGGUGAAGAUGCUCACUUUAUCCACAAAUUAUACCAAACAAUUGGUGUAGCAGAUGGCGUUGGUGGCUGGGCAAGUAAGGGAGUUGAUGCAGGAAUAUACGCAAGAGAAAUUAUGAGAAAUUCACUUAUUGCCGUAGAUAUUAAUGAACCAAAGGGUAUUGUUGUGAACCCUAAAAGAAUUCUUCAAGAAGCUUACAAAAACACAAAUUCUGAAGGAUCGUCAACAGCAUGUAUUAUAACUUUGGACAGUGAGAAAAAUACGUUAUGUGCUGCUAACGUAGGUGACAGUGGAUUUUUUCUGAUUAGAAAGGGAAGAGUUAUAUACAAAUCGCCAAUACAACAAAGGAGGUUUAACUGUCCGUAUCAACUGGGAAAUGCUAAAGAUAAUCCUAGUGUUGCUCAAGAGAUGGAAAUAAUCGUCGAAAAAGACGAUGUUUUAGUAGUUGGAACAGAUGGAUUGCUUGAUAAUAUGAAUGAAAGUGAGAUUGAGGAACUUGUUCAAAGAGGGAUUGAUGAGAAGUUGAAGCCAAAGGAAUUGGCUAGUCAAAUUGGAAAUAUUGCGUUGUAUAAUUCAUUUGAUAGGUUUGCAGAUACACCAUUUGGAAGAGCAGCUGAGAGGGAAUGGCGAAGUCAUAGAGGAGGAAAAGUUGAUGAUAUUACUGUUAUUGUUGCUUAUAUCCAGUGA